AUGUCUGGCACGAUGAGGGGGACGCCCAACCGUAACCAGAGCCGGGGAGCGAUUCCCUUUGCCAACAGUCCUGCCGGCGGCUCGAGCAUCCCUCGCCCCGUCCUCGACAGCCAGCCGAGCGAGACCAGCUCCUCCGUCAGCGCGAGUCGGCAGAAGCAGUCUAAGCGCGAUGAGGCCAUCCGCAGGAAGCUGGAGAAUGACCUCUCCAAGAAGAAGCACCUUACGAACCGGGCCCGCCAUACCCGUAAAGCGCCCCCGGGCACCGUCCUGGCCUUGAAACCGAGCCCGGCCCUGCAGAUCAAGCCCGCCACGACCGUAUCCGAGGCCGCCCAGCUCAUGGCUGCGAAGCGAGAGGACUGCGUUCUCGUCACGGACGACGAUGACAGAAUUGCUGGCAUCUUUACCGCCAAGGAUCUUGCCUUCCGCGUUGUCGGCGCCGGUCAGAAGGCUGCCAACGUAACCAUCGCCGAGAUCAUGACCAAGAACCCCCUAUGCGCCCGAACCGACACGAGUGCCACUGACGCGUUGGACCUCAUGGUUCGCAAGGGCUUCCGCCACCUCCCUGUCAUGGACGAGAACCAGGACAUUUCCGGCGUCCUCGACAUUACCAAGUGCUUCUACGACGCGAUGGAGAAGCUCGAGCGUGCAUAUUCGUCGUCGAGGAAGCUUUACGAUGCGCUUGAGGGCGUUCACUCUGAGCUUGGCUCCACCCAGCCUCAGCAGAUCAUUCAGUACGUCGAGGCCCUCCGCAGCAAGAUGUCUGGACCUACUCUCGAGUCUGUCCUGAAUGGCAUCCCUCCGACGACGGUGAGCGUUCGCACGUCUGUCAAGGAGGCGGCGGCUCUGAUGAAGGAGAACCACACCACGGCUGUUCUUGUCCAGGACCAGGGCGCCAUCACGGGCAUCUUCACAAGCAAGGAUGUUGUGCUUCGGGUUAUCGCCCCUGGGCUGGAUCCUGCCAAUUGCAGUGUGGUGCGCGUCAUGACGCCUCAUCCCGACUUUGCUCCAAUGGACAUGACCAUCCAGGCGGCCCUUCGCAAGAUGCACGAUGGGCACUACCUCAACCUUCCGGUUAUGAACGACGGCGGCGAAAUCGUGGGCAUGGUCGACGUGCUCAAGCUGACGUAUGCGACUCUCGAGCAGAUCAACACCAUGUCUAGUGGCGACGGAGAGGGUCCUGCUUGGAACAAGUUUUGGCUUUCGAUUGACCACGAGACCGAGUCUAUGAUGUCGGGCGACGGCAGCCAGAGCCACCACCACACGAACCUCGGUUCACGCGUCAUGUCUCCCGACGUUACGCGCGACCGCCUUGGGGACAGCGUUGCCCCCGGUGACUCUGCUUCGCAUGCCGGCGCAGAGUCUCCCCCACGGUCGAUCGCUCCAGAGACUCCCGAGAUUGUGAGCCCUGCGGAAACCCCAUUUCCUUUCAAGUUCAAGGCGCCGUCCGGGCGCGUUCAUCGCCUGCAAGUGACGGCGGCACAGGGCAUGGAGGCCUUCGUCGCGGCUGUUGCCUCUAAGCUUGGCAACGAGGUGGACGGAAUCGGCGGCGCGCCCGUUGUCGAGGACGGCAAGAUGAGCGGCGCUGGGUUUGCCCUCAGCUACAUGGACGAUGAGGGUGAUACUGUCUCCAUCACGACCGACAACGACCUGCUCGAGGCCAUCGUGCUCGCUCGUCAGCGUCACCGCGAAAAGGUCGACCUGUUUGUGCACGAUCCCGAGAAGCCCCCCGUUGCUCCCGCGCCCGUCCCUGAGCCCGUGGCGAUCCCUACUCCGCCUACCUCCACGGCCUCUGGCCUGCGUGAGCGCCGGAGAGCUCGCGAUGAUGACGACGAGGAGGACGAAGACGAGGAAGAGGAGGAGUUGGCUACCGGGCGCCGCACGCGGAGAUCGCGGUCCUCGCAGGUCCAGGAGCAGCUCAUUGCCGGAGUUCCCAACGACCUGCUGCUCCCUGGCGCCAUUGUCACCUUGGCCGUCGUCAUUGUUGGCGUUUUCACCAUUGCUAGAGCGACCAGCCGAUAA